AUGUUUACGAAGAAGAUUAUAAACCUUUUGAGAAGACUUGGUAUAAGAGUAUCGCCUAUUACACCAGAUCAUACAUUAAAAUUGCUUUGGGAUCUUUUUGUUUUUACCAUCCUAAUCAUCAAUAUUAUUUAUAUUCCAUUAAAAAUAUCAUUUGAAAUAUAAGGAUCUAACAGUGGAAUCGACUUUUUCUUGGAAACCUUGCCUUAAUAUGUAUUUAUAUGCGAAAUUUUAUUGAAUUUUAAUGUUGCAUAUUAUAGUCGUGGAGUCUUAGUGUUAAAUUAAGUUUAAAUAGUGAAACACUAUUUGAGAGGGAAAUUUAUUACUGAUUUCAUAGUUCUCAUUCCUUUUAUGAUUGGAAGAUCAAACGUUCCUUAUAUUGAAUUCGUAUUAUUAUUCAGAAUUUCAAGAAUUAUGUUCAUCUUUGAAAAUCUAGUGGAAACCUUGAAUCUGAGAGUAAAUUUCGCAGCUGUGAUAGAUCUAGUCUCUUUGUUAGCCACAUUUCUCUUUGCAUCUCACUUAAUUGCAUGCGUUUGGCAUUUUAUAGCUGUUCAGGAACAUUUAUUUUCGGAUUCCAUUUUUACUUGGGUUGAUAAAGCUGAAUUAGAAACCGAUUGGAUCAGUAGAUAUAUAACGUCUUUUUAUUGGGCAUGUAUUACAACACUUACUAUUGGUUAUGGCGAUAUUACCCCGGUUACACAAAUUGAAAAGUUGUUCGUUAUCUUUGUAACUCUUUUAAGUUCAAUCAUCUUUGGUUAUACAAUAUCGAGCAUUGGAGGAAUAUUUGCUUAAAUGUCAGAAAACAAAAACUAUUUAAGAGACAAAAUGACUAUGAUUGAUUCUUUUAUUAAAAGAAGAGGACUCAAUAAAGAUCUCUAAGUUAAAGUUAAGAAAUUUUUUGAAUAUUAUCUAAAAACUUAAAAGAAUACAGAUUCUGAAUGUGAAAAGUUGAUGGAACAUUUAUCAGGCACUUUAAUCAGGGAAGUGAAAAUAGAUUUCUAUAAAACUCUCUUUGAUUAAUCGAAAUUGUUUAGACAAAAUUUCUCAGGAGAUUUUAUUGCAAACCUAUGUUUGUUAGUUAAAGAGCAGAGUUUUGUACCAGAGGAAGUGAUAUUUUAGGAAGGACAACAAGUAGAUAAAAUAUAUUUUAUAUUAAAAGGCGAGGUGGAAGCCUAUUUAAGGAAUAAUAAAUUAAUCAAGAUAUAUAAAAGGAAGUAAGCCAUAGAUGAGAAGGGGUUUAUCUCGUAAAAUUGUGCUUAAUUUACAUCAAGAGCUGUGAAAUUCUCUAAAUUGGCUUACGUUACUUUUGAUGAUGUUCUAAGUUUAUUGAAGUAAAACAAAGAAGAUUUAGAAAAAUAUUAUAGAAUUAAACACUAAAUCUAGUUUGGUGGAAGAAUCAAAUUUAGUGGAUGUGAACUUUGCUUUCAAAAUCAUAGUUUUACCAAAUGCCCUUUUGUAUUCUACACUCCAAAUAGCAUAACACUCUUUAAAAAGAAGGCAAACAAUGAUGUUUAGAAGAGACUCUUUCUGUAGCGGCAGAAUGCACAAAAACUAUAAGCAAACAAAGCAUUGUUAAAUUUAAGAUAUCUUUAGCGGAACAUCCUAGAGUAUGGUAAUUAGAACUACUUAUAUUCUGACUUACUUCCUGAUAGUGAAUUUUUCACAGUUAAUAGGGUUGAUGAAAUGAAUUUUGCCGGAGAUGGUCAAUCCGUAUCAGACGAUCAAGAAUCAAUAAAUUCUCCUGAUAAUUCUGGAACUUAAUUAAAGCAUUAGUUGUCAUCUCAAUCUCAAAAGGGGAAUAAUAUGAAACACUCAGUCUAAAAAGUGGUGAAUAAAAUUUAGUAAGAGCCCGGCAUAUCUCAGAUGCGAAUCAAGGUAACAAGGGGGACAAAGAAGUAAACCAUUAAUGUCUCCAGUUAGAAAAUCGUUAAUGAAUUCGAAGAUUUAAAGGAUACCAAUUAAGAUAGCAAAUUAAAUAUUAGCAGAUAAAAUAGCAAAUAGGUGCAAGAAACACCUCCGCCUUCUACUCGACUUAUAAGGCUUGAGCCAUCAUAAAUAAAACUCAUUGAAUUAGAUAUAGUAAGAGAGAUUUUUGAUAAGCAUGAAUAUUCAAUAGAUUCUCAAUAAGAGUUUGAAUUCUAUGAUGCGCAAUUUAAUUUGAGCAAUAUUAUUAAAGAUUUAUUUACAAUUAAAAGGAAAAAAAUGUUGUUCUAAAUAAAUAGAAAACGACAAAAAAAACAUUUAUAUUGCAUCCCAAAUAAAAAAGGGGCAAGUCAAAAUAAUAUUCAUAGUAGCAUGUAUGUGGAUAAUUGA